AUGAAACAAGUUGCUCGCUCACUCAAGCUCUACCUAGCACAGUACCGCGAGAUUGCUGCGUUUUCUCAAUUUGGAUCAGACCUUGAUGCUGCCACCAAGCAAACUCUCAGACGUGGUGAGCAUCUGACAGAGCUGCUGAAGCAAAAGCAGUACGCUCCGAUGGCUGUCAAUGAAAUGGUGCCCUUGCUAUAUGCUGGGAUCAACGGUCUUAUCGACGGAAUUCCCGUUAGUCAGAUCCAACGCUGGGAAGCUAACGUGCUCGCCCAUUUCAAGUAUUCUGAGCCUGAGCUGCUCUCCAGGAUCGAAAAGGACGGCAUUUUAAGCCAUGAGCUAGAAACACAAAUCAAGGAAAAAAUUAUGGCAUUCAACAGAGUUUUCUCAUAA